AUCCAAUGGUUGUGUUGGAGGGGCGGGACCAAACCCCCUGCGGCGGAUUUCCUGCUGUUCCCCUGCUUUUUCUCUCCCCUUCUGGUUCGCGCAUUCAGACAUUAUUUAGGGGUAGUAAUCUCCUGUUUCAGGGGUACCCGCAUAUUGUUGCCCCUUGAUCCCAGCCUCUCCCCCGUACUUCUUCCACCUUGACGGCGCUUUCCUUCUCCCAGGUGUAGGAUAGCUGCCCCCGCCCAAGCUCAUCUGAUCAGCUCAGCUCCAGGUUGAGAAGGGACCGCACACACCAGGGAAGAUGCCGGCCGUGUCAAAGGGUGACGGGAUGCGGGGUCUGGCCGUGUUCAUCUCUGACAUCAGGAACUGUAAAAGUAAAGAAGCAGAAAUUAAAAGAAUCAACAAGGAAUUGGCUAAUAUCAGAUCCAAGUUUAAGGGUGACAAAGCACUUGAUGGCUACAGUAAGAAGAAAUACGUCUGUAAGCUGCUCUUUAUCUUCCUGCUGGGCCAUGAUAUCGACUUUGGGCACAUGGAAGCUGUGAACUUGCUGAGCUCCAAUAAAUACACAGAGAAACAGAUUGGCUACCUUUUCAUCUCGGUUCUUGUGAAUUCCAACAGCGAACUUAUUCGCCUCAUUAACAAUGCAAUCAAAAACGACCUGGCCAGCCGUAACCCUACUUUCAUGUGCCUGGCCCUGCACUGCAUUGCUAAUGUGGGGAGCAGAGAAAUGGCCGAAGCAUUUGCCUCUGAGAUCCCAAGGAUUCUGGUAGCAGGGGACACCAUGGACAGUGUAAAGCAGAGUGCGGCCCUCUGUUUAUUGAGGUUAUACAAAACUUCCCCAGAUCUUGUACCUAUGGGGGAAUGGACAUCGCGGGUGGUUCAUCUUCUUAAUGAUCAACACAUGGGAGUGGUGACAGCGGCUGUCAGUCUAAUCACCUGCCUCUGUCGGAAAAACCCGGAUGACUUCAAAACCUGCGUCUCGCUGGCGGUGUCUCGACUAAGCCGGAUUGUCUCAUCAGCCUCCACAGACCUGCAGGAUUACACAUAUUACUUUGUACCCGCUCCCUGGCUCUCCGUAAAACUGCUGCGCCUUCUCCAGUGCUACCCACCUCCAGAGGAUGCUGCCGUGAAGGGUCGCCUCGUGGAGUGCCUUGAAACUAUCCUAAACAAAGCACAGGAGCCUCCCAAAUCAAAGAAAGUGCAACAUUCCAACGCAAAGAAUGCUAUACUGUUUGAAGCCAUCAGCCUAAUUAUUCACUAUGACAGUGAACCUAAUUUGCUGGUGAGAGCCUGCAACCAGCUCGGCCAGUUCCUGCAGCACCGUGAGACCAACCUUCGUUACCUUGCGCUGGAGAGUAUGUGCACACUGGCCAGUUCUGAAUUCUCACAUGAGGCCGUCAAAACCCACAUCGAAACAGUCAUCAAUGCCCUAAAGACGGAGAGAGACGUCAGCGUUCGACAGAGAGCAGCAGAUCUCCUUUAUGCCAUGUGCGACCGUACAAACUCCAAGCAGAUUGUAUCUGAAAUGCUUAGUUACCUGGAAACAGCCGACUACUCAAUUAGGGAAGAAAUUGUACUGAAAGUUGCCGUCUUGGCUGAGAAAUAUGCUGUGGACUACAGCUGGUACGUGGACACGAUCCUGAAUCUGAUUCGUAUAGCCGGAGAUUAUGUCAGUGAAGAGGUCUGGUACCGGGUCAUCCAGAUCGUCAUUAACCGUGAUGAUGUACAAGGCUAUGCUGCCAAAACUGUGUUUGAGGCUCUACAGGCACCUGCUUGCCAUGAAAACAUGGUGAAGGUGGGAGGCUAUAUCCUGGGCGAAUUUGGUAACCUUAUUGCUGGAGAUCCUAGGUCUAGUCCCCUCGUGCAGUUCAACCUGCUUCACUCCAAGUUCCAUCUGUGCAGCGUAUCGACCCGAGCCCUCCUCCUCUCCACCUAUAUCAAAUUCAUAAACCUCUUCCCUGAGACCAAGACUACGAUUCAGGAUGUGCUGCGCUCUGACAGUCAGAUCAGAAAUGCUGACGUGGAACUGCAACAGAGGGCCGUGGAAUAUCUGAAACUCAGCUCCAUCGCCAGUACAGAUGUACUUGCAACGGUUUUGGAGGAGAUGCCUCCUUUCCCAGAACGGGAAUCCUCCAUCCUGGCAAAACUAAAGAAGAAGAAGGGACCGGGUGCUGUCAGUGAGUUAGAAGAAGGAAAGAAAGAUCAGAACUCUGAAAUCAAUGGCGGAGUGGAACCAACCACAAGUACUGCUUCCACUCCUUCCCCGUCUGCUGAUCUUCUCGGGCUUCGAGCUGCUGCUGUCACAGGAUUAGCAGCACCGACUCCCGGCAACCUACUGGUUGAUGUAUUUUCAGACACGCCUACGUCUUCAGCGUCUGUAGCCCCCGGGGCUGAAGAUAAUUUCCUCAGCUCUGGUACUGCUGCUUCCGAGGAUCCUGCUUUGCCUAUUGCUGAGGCUGAUGAGCUUCUAAACAAGUUUGUGUGCAAGAAUAAUGGAGUCCUGUUUGAAAACCAACUCUUGCAGAUCGGGGUGAAAUCAGAAUUCCGCCAGAACCUGGGGCGAAUGUAUCUCUUCUAUGGAAACAAAACGUCUGUACAGUUCCAGAGUUUUACGCCAACCGUUUCAUAUCCAGGAGAACUUCAGAACCAGCUUAACAUUCAGACUAAACCAGUAGACCCAAUAGUAGAAGGGGGUGCACAGUUACAGCAGGUGUUGAACAUUGAGUGCCUGUCUGAUUUUGACGAAGCCCCUCUCAUUAAUAUUAAAUUCAGGUACGGAGGGACGUUGCAGAACAUCACCGUGAAAUUGCCAAUUACCAUCAACAAAUUCUUCCAGGCUACAGAAAUGCCAUCCCAGGACUUCUUCCAGCGCUGGAAGCAGCUCAGUCUCCCACAGCAAGAAGCACAGAAGAUUUUUAAAGCCAACCAUCCCAUGGACUCUGAAGUGACUAAAGCAAAGCUGCUGGGAUUUGGCUCAGCGCUGUUAGAUAAAGUAGAUCCAAAUCCAGACAACUAUGUGGCAGCCGGCAUCGUCCAAACGAAAUCAGUCCAGGUGGGCUGCCUGCUGCGUCUAGAACCCAACAUCCAAGCCCAGAUGUACCGUCUGACAUUGAGAAGCAGCAAAGAAGCCGUAUCCAAGCACCUGUGUGACCUCUUGUCCAAGCAGUUUUAAGCCAAGCCCAACGUGUCCCCUGACUGCAGUAAAGGCAACAUAAAACACUACAUGGAGGGUGUCCCAUCCAUCAAAAGCAGUUGUGUGAGUCUGUGUGCAUGCCACGGCAAGGGCCUCCCGGUGCCACGUCUAUGCAGUUUGUCUCAUUGUAAGUGUGUGUUUACUGCGUCCAGUGAAAUCCAACAGACUUACAACUUGUAUAAGAAACAAGGGAAGCCUAACUAUUAAUAUUCUUAUUGUGAU